UCCGGCGCUAUGUGUACCGAGCUAAAGUGUAGCCGGGAACAGUUUUUCAGAAUCGAUUCGAAAUAAGUUGUGUAUGUAUUAUACUUUACAAACCUCGGAGGAUUUUUUAAAUCUGUGUAGACACUUAUCUGUAGUUGAGAAAAGUGAAAACGAGUCCACGUGUUAAGGUUUAUCUGUGUUCGGACUAUAAAGACGGCACUGAGGAUGACGGUCUUGAAUCUGUCCUUUGCUGCAUGCGGUUUCUUGGGGAUCUACCACUUGGGUGCUGCAGAGGCGUUUCUCUGCCACGGGCGGAAGCUGAUGGGAUCCCUCAAGGCCUGCGCAGGGGCCUCAGCCGGGGCCUUGGUGGCUGCUGUAAUGAUCACAGCUCCUGAUAAGUUAGAGCAGUGUAAAGAAUUCACCUACGGGUUUGCUGAAAGUGUGAGAGGACAGAGGUUUGGGGCCAUCACACCAGGAUACAACUUCAUGCUCACACUACGGGAGGGGAUAGAGGAGAUUCUGCCCAAUGAGGCUCACAACCUGGCCUCAGACCGUCUUCACAUCUCACUAACUCACUCUGCAAGUGGCAAGAACCACAUCGUGUCCAGGUUUACGUCCAGGGAGGAGCUCAUAAAGGCUCUGCUGGCCAGCAGCUUUGUGCCCAUCUAUGCUGGACUCAAACCAGUGGAGUUCAGAGGACAGAAAUGGAUUGACGGAGGCUUCACGGACGCCCUGCCAAUUCUGCCUGUGGGACGAACUAUCACUGUGUCUCCCUUUGCUGGACUGCAGGACGUGUGUCCUCGCCACAUGGGGCGCUUCAACACUCGACUAAGACUGGCCAACAUGAACAUUAUGUUCUCUGUGGAGAACAUCAAACGCCUGAACCAGGCUCUGUUCCCUCCGACUACCAGCGGUAUGCGCUUUCUGUGUGAACAAGGUUUUCAUGAUGCUGUGAGGUUCCUGAAGAGCGAGGCCUUGAUGAGCUGAAGGCCUCAUCCUCAAGAUUUUACCCUUUUUAUUUACUUUGAGAAUCACAUGUUCCUGUUUCCAUGGAGCGCUUUUGUAGAUUGAUGUCAAACACAACCCGUCUGAGAACAUCAACAUGUGCGAUGGGCUCGGUAUAUCUUUUUUUUAUGAAGCAAAGCAUCAUUGAGAGCAUGAGAUACGCGUUAUCAAACACACUCACUGUGGAUCUUUUUCCUCCGUUCCUUGGCAGCAGCGGAACAUGAUGAAAAGCCUUCAUGUGAACAUGUACUCUUCAUCAAUUUUCCAAGGAGGCAUUUAAUUUCCCCCAGCCCGAAGCAGCGGGAGAAAGAAUAUUGGAUAUCGCAGCAUUUCACAGGAAGUCCAUGUCGCAGUCAUGGAUGCAGGGGGAGCUCCCUCGGGACACGGCGAAGGAGCGUCGUCUUUGAAGUGCUUGACAGUUCCGCGGGGUUCCUCCACUGCUGGGUAUUUUUUUGAUUCCCUCCAGCGUCAGGAGAUGUGAGCAGGUUCUCCAUCAGUUUGCAGUUGCUGUGGUUAGAGCUGCUUCUCCUGCAGGACUCCUCAGUUGGAACAUUAAAUAUAAAACAAAAUAUUUAAUUUACUUAAACAGGAUAGCUUUAGGUCUUGGAAUUGGAUUAGUAGUUUUCUUUUUUUUUUUUUUUUUAAACAGUUGGUGGCCCCCAUGCCUUGAGCUAAAGCUGAGAAGGUGGCAGCAUCCAUAUUACAACACUGCGUCUGUGCAGCAGCAACUAAACAUAGAUGUCGGUUUACUCUAGAGCGAUAGCAGUGUGGUUCAGACAUACAACCCUGUGCUGACAUCACUGUCAACACAGGAACCAGACAAACAUGCAGGCGUCUGGACUCAAAGUCUGUAGCACUUUACCUGCCUCGACUCCAAGCUAUUGAUGCACUAUAAUUAAAAAGUUGUCCUAUUAUGAAGUUGUAGAUUAUUUAUUCAUUCAUAGGUUAGAUUCUAGCAAUGUUAACCCUUAAUUUAUCAACGUACGCUGCUGGACCUGGGUAAUGAAUCUUGUUUCUUUGUGUUAACAUGUUUGAAUGACAAUAAAUCUGAAUGUUUUCCAAUGGGAA